CUCUUACUGUAUAACAUUUGCUUGUUCGUUCACUAGACACUUUGAGUAAUUUAUCGUGAUUUAAUGCAAGAUUCACCAGUGAAGUUUAAAUAUUGAUUCUUCAUGAUUGACUUUUUUAAUCAUUGUGGUCUUACUUUGCAGCGUUUUUAUAACAGAAAAUCGUAGUGAUCGAGCAGUGUUUAUUUUGGUUUGAUGGGCAUCAACUCUUGAAGUGUGACUCACGAGAUUAGGUGCUCUGUUUGAUUAAAGGCCACUGUUUAACUUGGUCCACGAUAAAGCGUACAUGCACUUGCAGUUCCGUUUUUAACAUGCAUGUUUCCUGGAGCCUGGGGCAGCAGGGCGAAUUAUAUUAAUGUUUGCCGCUAUAUAGACCAAAGAAGAAGUGCAGAAACUGCGUGAGACGUCAUUGCUCACAUAAAGAGAAAGCAACACAAAAGGGCUGGAUAAAAAGACCCCAAUUAAAACACGUCAGCAACUUUGCAUGUGUGUCUAUUUUACGACAAUCUAUCGUGAAUCCUACUGGGUGAACCAAACAUGAGCAGUUUUAAUCAAGCCGUCCAGCACAGGACAUCAUCCAUCACCAAAGUAAGACACCAUGAUGCAUCCAAGCAGGAUUUGGAACGGGAUUCGGGCUUCUCAGAUGCCAGCUCGGAGUACCAGAGUGCUGUUGAUGUGACCGACUCUGAGGAUGCAGGCGGGAAAAGGUGUGCGGUCAGCCAGGACCCGGCUGGUGUGCAGCUAGCCUUGAUGGGAGCCUCGUAUGCCGGACUUUCCCCGAUGCUCAUUAUGAAUAACUUUGUCCCCAAUCAGCCUUCGCAAGUGACUCCAUCUGACAAACAAUGGCGCUCCCCGUCAUCUCUUGACGUCAUGCCUCAAUCUCAGAUGGUUCUGCUUCAACCCAUGAUGUCGCCAAAAACAACCCGUGAAAAUAUCCCCCAGUCAAAAAGGUACACGUCCACUCACAAGUCCUAUCCUAGAAUCGCCCCGAGCCCCUCAAAGAGAUCAGGAUCCUCCAGAUCGAGGGGAAAUGUAUCUUCAGUUUAUGACCAGCGACACAGGAGACAUCAACAAGGCAACCGACCGCACGGCACCCCCACACCUGGGUGGGAACCACAGGCUCUGAGCAAAGCAGCUUUGCCCAAGUCGGAAGUAUCAAAAAAGCCCUCUCAUGUGCGAGCCGAGCGCUCUGAGCUGCUUAAUAGGAUGCGUCUUUCCUCAGUGACAGGGACCACCUCUGUACCCCCCCACACAUAUCAAUCUAGGACUGAGCUUGACGACAACCAGCCGUGUCCUGACAUUUACCCGGACGGCCUCUUGGCAGAGUCCAAUAAGUUGAAACGUUUCAGCAAUACUUACAACAUCCUCAGCAACUGCGGCUUGUUGGGCAUCACCAUGCGCACCAAACAGCUGAUCAAGGACAACAAGCGCACCCAAAGUCAGCUGCAGCUUCUCCAAGAGCAUACGGCGCUCCUGCUGGAAGCCCUGGAAAGCGGAGACCCUCAGUUGUGGACUAAACUCCAGCUCUGUCUGCAGGACUUUAACAAGUAAUGGGACAUGGGGGGUGGGGUGGGGGGCAAAGACCUACUUUGCGCUUGGUGACUUCACAAGCACUAGCUUGUGAGGAACCAGCAUCUCACCAGCCUCCACAUCAAAUACUAGCCUAUAUCAUUACUACAGCCACAUCCUGUCAGGGAAGGUUGGGUUGUAGAGUGCAUGCUGGGUGGGUGCCUCAGGAAAGUUUCAGGACUGGUGUCACCAAAGAUAGAUUUCAAACCCAAACAUUGUAUCCACUGUGAGUUGUUGCCACAGGACCACCCAUCAAACAGCAUGUUUGCAAAGAGAUCUUGGAGCCUUUGCUUGGUUCGGUGCAAGAGAAGAGGCGAGAGUUGUGGCGGUUAGCAUUUACGGCUGCUUCACCAUGACCACAUCCCAAUUCUUUGAGCAUCCAACUCUCCCUGGCCAAGAAGAACAUCACUGUGCUCCAGCAACCUCCCUACUCACCCGACAUGGCUGUGUGUAUUUCUUUUCCUCUUUCCAAAGUUCAAGGGUAUCUUCUGGGACAGCCCGUUUUAAAGAUGUGGACAAUAUCAAGAUGCCCGUGAUUGCGGCACUGCCAAAGAUCUUGAAGAAUCCUUCCAGCAGGAGUGACUUUAAAGAGCACUGCUUGUAGUUUGUAGUUGGAUUUGAACUAUAUCUUUUGUGACUCCAGUCGUGCAACUUUUCUGAUGCAACUCAUACGUUCAGAACUCUCCUUAAAACUCAGAAAUUUAAAAACGAAAGCACAUCUAGGAAUAAGUAUGGAAGUUACCAAAGCAUGAGCAAACCCUGUCUUCAAUCACUAUCCUAUUUCUGCAAAGCUCAAAAAUAAUCUACGGCGCGGCCAUCUGACUCAUAUAAAAGCAUCCGCAAAGCACAGACGCUGAAGGAUUAAAAAAAAAAAAAGUAAAUUUUACCAAAAGUAACUCACUCUAUAAUCAAAGAGAAGCUGUUUCUCCGACAAGAUUGUCUCGUAUUUUUAAUGUAAAUAUGUCUUUAGUACACUUGCCAUGUUUGUAAAGUGAUCAGACUUUUUAGCCACCCAUGUUGCUCACAAAAAGUGCAGUCAAGAGCAUAAUAUUCAUUUGACCUUAUAGGAUUUGGUCCAUGAGGUUGACCGACAUUCGGCUUGUUUGAAAUUGAUUUUUUUCCAGUAGAAGUAUGCUGUAAUUUUGUUGUGUUCAUUUUCACACAAGUACGAAGAGUCAAUGGGUAACAAUUUCAGGGAAAAGCGUUCUUAGUUCCCAUUAUUGUUAUAUUUUAUAACCCAAUAGGUAACGCAUACACUUUUUCAAACUUGAUGGGGAGCCAUCGUGUCACAUCAUGCCUUGCUUAGAUUGGCUACUGGAUUUUUGAUCAACCUUAGGUUGAAUUCCUUGUUUGAUCACCAGUAAUUCAACUCGCAUGAGUCCUUUGGCACGCCAAAAUUCUUGUGAGAACAUUUUAUUCUUCAAUAAUCUUUGAAAUAAGGUUGGAACAAUCUUUUUUCAAUGAUCCUAUGAUAACUUAGAAAGUCAUCUGUUGUACAGUAGCUCGACAUCGUACCUUUCAGGCAAAUGGUAGUCAAAUAUCAAAUUGGAUCGACUCUCGCACAGAUCCCGGUAACCUCUUGUGUUCGUGUCAUGUUUUGCCCCACGUAGCAAAUGUUAGCAUGGCAUCAUUUCCAAUUCAUGUGAGUCAUUUUUGUGUGUGUGUGUUUUAAAUGUUUAAUAGUGUCACACAAACUGUACCCAUUUGUCCUUUUUCAUGCGUCUGUCGAUUAUUUAAAAUAAUAUUGCCCUAUCUUCUUUUUAAACUAUUAUUUGUUGUUCUUGUCAAAAAGAAACAUUUAUUGUUAAUAAGCAGUAAGCACAUUGGACAGUUACCAUAAAAAUGUGCUAUAAAUCAGUUU